UCACAUCACUGUCGAGUACGGUCGAGUUCCUGAGACAGGUCUUGCCAGCAGUUUUGAAUCACGUUUCAUUUGUAGCAAUAUUACCUUAGUUUGAUACGCUUUAACCGAAACGGAAGGAAGGAAAAUAUAUUUACCCCCGGAUGUUAUACACAGUACCACAACAGGAAGAGCUUUUCCGAUCGCUGGCCGCAGAUAGAGCUGAAAAGAACCGUGUUGUGUGAAGCAUGAUGGAUGCAGUGGUGAAUAAUUGAUCCUUUGCCGGUUGUAUAUGCCGGUGCGCAAGAGUUGACCGUCACAGUGAGUGGUUUUCAGUGUUUGGCGUGAUUGUGACAAAUUUUCAGCUGUUUAAAAACUAUCUCUAUUCUGUCACCGGACCAAACUCCGUUUUGAGCACGCUCGCUGCACGUGCACUGCAGUGGCACCGAACCGUCGGGACAGUGUUUAAUUUUUACCGCGUACGCAGCCCACAUUUUGCAUAAAAAUGCGAAGAAUCCUCUUACAGCUAACGAUCUGCUUCGUGUUGAUCGAAACGCCUAGUGUGUGGUGUAAAUUGUCUAGCUACAAAGCCAUCGUACCGCCAGCGAAGAUCAAGUCCGACGAGAAUGCAAAAUUUGCAGAAGUGAAUUACGAUGACUAUCCGAUGGUAGUACCGAAACGGGCGGCCAUGUUACUUGAUCGUCUGAUGGUUGCCCUGCAUCACGCACUCGAGAAAGGUGACGGCGAGGAUGGCGGUGGGCGACCAAUCAACAAGGUGUACCGCGAUGGGCGCUACACCGGUAAACCCACGGUAUCGCUAGUACCGGCCAAAAUACCGCCACCGCCGAGCAAAACGGAGCAACUGAUGAAAAGCUAUUAUGCUGAAGCAGAUGCAGAUGGAGAUGCCGACGACAGAGUAGCCAAUUCUAUUCCGGACGAAAUCGAUGACAUCGAGGCGCGGAAGGAGUUGCUGGACGAAAUGAUGGACAUCCAAACCCGGGGCACUGAGGACAAAACCAAGAAGGGCAGAUACUGGAAAUGCUAUUUUAAUGCAGUAAGUUGUUUUUAAAACAAAAAGGAAAAAAGGGAACGAUCAGUAAGUGUGGACUUUAAGGCAGAGGGUGGGACCAACUGCUGCUAGUUACUACCAAUUAAAUACAAAAAUCAGACAAAAAAGUUUACCCACUUAAGAAGUCAAUAGCUGCGUUGAUAGUGAAACCACCGAGGCCAGCGAUGACAUGGCAAGCAAUGGAGUUAAAAUUUUACGUACUAAUAGAACGAAACCCGGUGUUGCUGAUGUACGAGUGCACUAGUCAACAUGCUGCUGCUGGUUGCUCAAUCACUGAGCAUAACCAUGUUGUUUCAACAGUGAAACAUCUAAGACGGAUAUCGGAUUGUAUUAUUAAAGUAAUGGUAUUAGUCAUACUACAAUAAAUCAAUGAACUAUACAUAC